AUGAGCUCAGAAUCUGGUCUCUCGACUCCUGCUUCAUCCACACCACCGACAUCGGCACCGGCAUCACCGGCGUUGAAUCCAAAGGAGCUACCAGAGCCUACGGAAGAGGCGAAACAAGAGGCGGCUAGAAUCAAGGCCUCGGCCAACAAGGCGUUCCUCGAUCAUCAGUUUAACGAAGCGGCUGAUUUGUACACGAAAGCCAUCGAGCUGAAUCCCAAGGAUGCCACGCUUUGGUGUAAUCGGGCCUACACACGGGUCAAACUCGAGGAACACGGGUAUGGACUUGCGGAUGCCACUACGGCCAUUGAACUCGAUCCGAAGUACGCGAAGGCAUACUACAGACGAGCGACAUGCUACCUGCAGACAUUGAAGUACAAGCAGGCUAUCGCAGACUUCAAGAAGUUGCUCCAGCUCGAGCCGCAGAAUCAGCUCGUGCGGACUCAGCUGGAUAGCACGACAAGGAUCAUGCGAAAGUUCGAGUUCGAGAAGGCUAUUGGGAUGGAAGAAGAAAAGAAUGCGGUCGAGAGAUGUCUCGAAAUAAUUCAAGAAGGCGGGUGCGAUCUCGACAGAACGUACGACGGCCCGAAGCUUCCCCAGUCGGAAAACGGCAAAUAUUCCAUCGACCUCGACUUCAUCCACGCUAUGCUAGAGCUGUUCAAAGCGGGCAAGACACUUCCACGAAGAUAUGUAUGGGAGAUCAUCUUGGGUGCUCACAACGAGUUCGUCAAAGAAGACAGUCUAGUAACCCUUGACAUUGAGGACGGCACGACUUGCGAUGUCAUCGGUGAUGUGCAUGGCAAGUACAUAUGCACUACGCUAUGCCAAUUCUACGACAUGCUGCACCUCUACUCACUUACCGGAGAGCCGAAUGAGAAUCACUGCUUGCUCAUGAAUGGCGACCUCGUAGACCGUGGAUCAUGGUCCAUCGAAGUCAUCCUUACCGCGCUCGCGUUCAAGUGGCUGUAUCCAAACAGGAUGUACAUUAACCGUGGAAACCAUGAGACAAAGGAGAUGAACCGGACGUACGGCUUUGAGGGUGAGGCGAAGCACAAGCAUGGCGAGCAAACGUACAAGUUGUUCGCUCAUGUCUUCACAGCCAGCAAUUCUACAGUGCCACUGGCAACCCUGAUCUGUGCGACUAAACCUCCGUCAUCACCUUCGAAGAGCGCGAUCCUGUCACCUGAGGGCAAGAAGCGGUUCUUCGUUGUGCACGGCGGCCUAUUCAGCAAGGAUGGCGUCACGCUCGAGGAAAUUCGCAAGAUCGAACGUAUAGGACGUCAACCGGGUACGGAAGGUCUUAUGUGUACAUUACGUACUGACUGCUUGUCUGUUCAGCUUCUCUGGACGGACCCGCAAGAGCUCCCGGGGCGAGGUCCAAGCAAGCGGGGCGUAGGCAUUGCUUUCGGUCCUGAUGUCACUCGACGGUGGUGCGAGGCUAAUGGAGUAACUGGUGUAAUUCGCAGUCACGAAGUCCGUCAAGAUGGAUACGCAGUCGAGCAUGGCGGGCUCUGCACAACGGUCUUCUCAGCACCCAACUAUGUUGACCAAACUGGCAACAAGGGCGCAUUCAUCCGUAUCGAUGCGGAAGGCACACAAAGAUACACGCAGUUCGAUGCCAAGCCGCACCCACCGAUGAGACCUAUGGCUUAUGCCUCCGGCGGCCUAGCAAGCCUCCUCAUGUAA